GCUUCUGUCAGUGUGACUUCCGGGUUUGGUUUGUUGUGUUUUUCUGCAUUGACCAUGGCUGCAGAGGGCGAUUUUCUGGCGAGAUACCGUGCCGUGUCAAACAAACUGAAAAAACGUUUUCUUCGGAAGCCCAAUGUAGCGGAGGCAAGUGAGCAGUUUGGUCAGUUAGCCAAGGAGCUGAAGCAGCAGGACUGCCUUCAGUAUGCUGCCUUCUGUAACCUGGCCAUGGCUAGGUGUGAGCAAACUCUUUUUAAUGCUCCCGGAGAGGCGCUGGCAUUAACCGAUGCUGCCCGCCUCUUUCUCUCAUCUGAGAAGGAGAACCGGGCGCUCCAGGCCCCGGGCUUUGAUGAGCACCUUCAGGCUGCACUCAACUGCUACAGUUUUGCUAUCAAGGUGCACAUUGAGAUGAACCAGCCUGUGAUGGCAGCCAGCCUCUGUCUAGAACUUGGCAACGCGCUGAAGGAGAUGAACAGACCAGGAGAGGCUAUUGUUCAUUACCAGAGGGCUGCAGAGUUGCAGACACAGACGCCAAUUGAAGCUCUGCUGUCAAUGGGAGAAAUGGCCACUUGUAAAAUUCUCACCCGUGACUAUGACGGUGCUUUGUCAGUGUUCACUGAGAUGCAGCUGAUAUGCCAGGAGAGAGGACUGCAGCUACCAGGCAUCAGCACCCCUGUCGGUGCAUUUCUGGACAUUGUGGCAAAAUGUGAGAUCUCCAGAGUACUCCUGCUGAUGUUUCUUGAGCCCCCACCUCAGAAGUUGUUGCCAGAACAUGCCCAGACCCUGGAGAGAUAUGCAUGGGAGUCUUUUGACCCUCACAGCCAAGUGACCUUCCUGCCUGAGAAUGUUUUCCUGCUCUUGCAGUCCGUAGUUAUGGCAUGUCAGGAGAAGGACACAGAGUCCCUCAAGUCUCUCCAGACUGAGCUAUGGCCCUUUCUGACUGCAGAGCAGAAUCAUCUUCUCCACCUGGUGGUUCAGGAGCGCAUCACGCCGUCUGGCCAAGGCAUUUAGUUUUUACUCCCUUCCUCUGGGAACGAUACUUUAUAUAAUGGAACAUUCCUGUUUCUGACUAGGUCUGUUGUAAGGCCUAAAGAAGUGUUCAUUGUUGUAACUUUAACUCAGUGAAAUGCUUGUAACACAAAACUUUGCUUUUAUUAAGCAAAGUCGCACAGAUUUAAAAAUUUGUGAAAUAUUCAAUAGUAUUUUCCAGUACUGUGUGUUGUCCUUGUUUUUGUCAAGAUGCUAACUUAAGACUAAAUUUAAAUUCAUUUAUAUGAAAUCUUGUGUUCUCAAGUGAUGGCUACAGAACUGGCCCAAUAUAUACAUAUGUAUUAUGUUACAGUGACUUUGCUUGCAUUUACAGCAGUUUAAUAGAUAAAAGAUGAAGGCUUUGUGUAAUAAUGUGUUUAUUAAUACAUGAUAUGGCUUAAAUUCCAAUGUAAUUACGAGCAAAUCCUAUUGCAUAGUUUGGAAUUAAGAUGAUAUAAAACACCGUUUUCCUCUAUCCCUGGUUCAAUUUAUGUUCACUUGUACAAAUUGCAUGUACUUUUCUUAUGAUAGCAGCCAACUACAGACACAAAAUCAAACAUGAUUU